CGCGUGGUGGCGCCAACCACUCAAUACCCCUUUCGCUGUUUAUCAAAACCCAAUUCCCAAAAUCCCAAAAUCCCCAAUUCACCAUUACCCAUUAAAAUCUUCUUCUUCUUCUUCUUCAGCUUCAAACCAUGCCCUUCAUCGAGGUAAACACCAGCUCCACCGCUGCAGAGGACGUCAAAAUCAACUCUGCAAUCAAAAUUUUCUACAGAACUUACGGACGUGGCUCCACCAAGGUCCUUCUUAUCAUAGGAUUGGCCGGAACCCACGAUUCAUGGGGCCCCCAAAUCAAAGGGCUCACAGGGACCGAUGUUCCCAAUGACGACGGUGAUCGGAAUGCUGCCCAUGUCGGCGAAGAACCCACCUUCGAGGAUGGUGGUGGGAUUGAGGUUUGUGCAUUUGAUAAUCGGGGAAUGGGUAGGAGCUCUGUCCCCACCAAAAAAUCUGAAUAUACAACAAAGAUAAUGGCCAAGGAUGCCAUUGCCUUAUUGGAUCAUUUGGGGUGGGAAAAGGCCCAUAUUUUUGGUCAUUCCAUGGGAGGUAUGAUAGCUUGCAAAUUAGGAGCUAUGGCGCCUGAAAGAGUCAAGUCGCUGGCCAUGCUCAAUGUAACCGGUGGAGGUUUUCAAUGUUGCCCCAAGCUCGAUAGGCAAACGUUUGACAUUGCAGUCAGAUUCAUGAAGGCGAAGACUCCUGAACAAAGGGCCAGUGUCGAUUUAGAUACCCACUAUUCAAAGGAAUAUCUUGAGGAGUAUGUUGGAUUUGAAAAAAGAAGAACAUUAUUGUAUCGGGAAUAUGUUGAAGGUAUAUCAGCAACGGGAAUGCAAUCUAAUGAUGGUUUUGCGGGUCAAGUCAAUGCAUGCUGGACGCAUCAAGUGACAAGAAAAGACAUUGAAUGCCUUCAGUCUGCUGGAUUUCUUGUAUCAGUCAUUCAUGGCAGGCACGAUGUUAUUGCUCAGAUGUAUUAUGCUAGAAGACUUGCCGAAAAGCUGUAUCCUGUUGCUAGAAUGGUAGAUCUCCAUGGAGGUCAUCUAGUCAGUCGAGAGAGAACCGAAGAGGUAAAUCAAGCUCUUCUUGACUUAAUCAAAGCCUCAGAAACAAAGAUGAGUCCACAUGAUUGGACAAACUUGCCAAAGAAAAGCUCAUGGUGGAUGGAGGAGAGAAUGGCUUUUGUAACAAUGAAGACUGAAGGAGGAAGCAGUAUCUCCUCCAAACCUUUCUUGUUAGAGAAACUCCAUCUUUUCUUCUUGUAUUUCUUUGGUCUGAUUCUUUUGAUUUUCGGGCAUCUCCGGAACACCAUCAAAAGUUUGAAACCCACCCGAGUUGGAGCCACCCUUACGUGAAUAAACAUUCCAAAGACCCUAAAUUUUUACAGAGUCUUUCAUUUUUGCUAUGUGAUGGGCAAUGCUCCAACCGUCAAAGUGAAGUUGGGGAAUGAGUUCUCUUCUAAUAUUGAGAACUUUUAAGAUCAACAAAAGAGAGGGAAAUCAGCAUAAGGCCAAUUGUUAUAGGCUGAUAUACCCUUCCCUAUUGAGUAAAUUGUAAUAUAACACAUUGGAACUGUUAAUUAUAUAUACCCUUUCUUUAUAAUCUAUUAAAAAAAAAAGUUUAUAUUACGUACUUAACUGCUUAUUAUUCUGGACUGAACUUUUAUAUUAUGAAUUGUAAUAUGCUUUUAAAAGAAAAUUAUACCAUUGAAAGUU